AGAUCUCGCGCUUCUUGGAGCACUAUAAAUUGUCCCUUCCGCGGCGCCUCCCUCUUCUUCUUCUUCAGGAAAACACCAAAUGGCGGAUGACGCCGGUGCAGCGGGAGGGCCCGGAGGACCCGGGGGCCCAGGAUUAGGAGGCCGCGGCGGCUUCCGUGGAGGAUUCGGCAGCGGGCUUAGGGGCCGCGGUCGUGGUCGAGGCCGUGGCCGUGGUCGAGGCCGCGGGGCUCGAGGAGGUAAAGCUGAAGACAAGGAGUGGAUCCCUGUCACCAAGCUGGGCCGCCUGGUUAAGGACAUGAAGAUCAAGUCCUUGGAGGAGAUCUACCUCUUCUCCCUGCCCAUUAAGGAGUCAGAGAUCAUUGACUUCUUCCUGGGUGCAUCCCUAAAGGAUGAGGUUCUGAAGAUCAUGCCGGUGCAGAAACAGACUCGGGCUGGCCAGCGGACCAGGUUCAAGGCAUUUGUCGCCAUUGGGGACUACAAUGGUCACGUUGGUCUUGGUGUUAAGUGCUCCAAGGAGGUUGCUACUGCCAUCCGAGGGGCCAUCAUCUUGGCCAAGCUUUCCAUCGUCCCUGUGCGGAGAGGCUACUGGGGGAACAAGAUUGGCAAGCCCCACACUGUUCCAUGCAAGGUGACAGGCCGAUGUGGCUCUGUGCUGGUGCGGCUCAUCCCUGCCCCCAGGGGCACUGGCAUUGUCUCUGCUCCUGUGCCCAAGAAGCUCCUGAUGAUGGCCGGUAUAGAUGAUUGCUACACUUCAGCCAGAGGCUGCACUGCCACCCUGGGCAACUUUGCCAAGGCCACCUUUGAUGCCAUCUCCAAGACUUACAGCUACCUGACCCCCGACCUCUGGAAAGAGACUGUCUUCACCAAGUCUCCUUAUCAGGAAUUCACUGAUCAUCUUGUGAAAACCCACACCAGAGUCUCUGUUCAGAGGACCCAGGCUCCAGCUGUGGCUACCACAUAAGGGUUUUAUACAAGAAAAAUAAACGGAUUAAGUCUGCUAAU